AUGCAGCCCUUCCGCGUCACUUCGGAGAUGAUGGGAGGCCUUGAGGAGCGCCUCUCCUUUUUGGUGGGACAGCAGGUCCCCGUCAGCCCCCCCUGCAGCCCUCCAGCAGGAAGCAUGACUCCGCCUUCACCCACACUGCAGGAGGAGUCAAAGAACCUCGCAAAGGAUGAACAACUUGGGUCCAACAAGCCCAGUGACGCCUCUGCCGACGACAAAGCCUCAGCGACCCCGAAGUCUACUCCAACAGGCCAGAACGCCGCCGAACUCCGCCGCUACAGGACGGCCUUCACACGGGAGCAGAUCGCCCGCCUGGAGAAGGAGUUCCUUCGGGAGAACUACGUGAGCCGCCCCAGACGCUGCGAGCUGGCCCAGGAGCUAGGACUCUCCGAGGCCACGAUCAAGGUGUGGUUCCAGAACCGCAGGAUGAAGGAUAAGCGUCAGAGGAUGGCCGUGUCCUGGCCCUACGCCGACCCCGCCCUCACAGCCUACCUCCUCCACGCCGCAGCAGCCUCAGGAGCCUAUCCUCCUUACCUUCCUGCAGCCUCCAUGCCCAGCGCCCCCUGGACGCCCACAGGAGUCAGCGCCGGAUCGCCGAUGCCCUACACCGCCCCGCACUUGGCCUACCCUACGCCCACCACGCCUUCCUCCCUCGCCCGCUUCGCCCCUUACCCCCGCCCACAGCCGCCCAUGCUCUCCCCACCCUACUCCCUCCCAGCCGACGCCCCCCACCAUCCCCUCUCCCCCACCUUGCCCGCCCCCAUGCUCCCCCACCCCGCCGCCGCCAUGUGCGCCGGACACCUCCCCACGUGCCCCGCGCAGACGUCGCCGAAGGAGCUGUGCGUGUGCCUCAUGUACCCCUCCCUGGCGCAGAGCCUGGUGUCGCAGCCCUCCUCCCUCUCGGCCACCACGACCAUCUCCCCCGUCGUGAUUCCCCCGCGAACGACCUCCAGCCCCGAUAGCCGCUCCGUGUCCCCGCUCACGACCAGCAGCUUCUCCCCCGUGUGCAGCAGCAGUCCCAAGGGCGAGGCGUCCCCCCAGUCCACAACCUCCCGCUCGCCAGUCCAGACCUCCGUCAGCGCCACCUCCAGCGCGCCCAAGCUCUUCAAACCCUACGAUGACGAACCGCUGGCACGCGUUUAG